CACUUGAAUGCGGAAGCAUGCACGUACCGUGAUGCACCGUGUAUCGCUAGCGCUGCGACUAGUACACCUGCGACAUCGUCAGCUCAUGAAGCUCAGAUGCAUGCAGUGCUACUAUUUACUAAUGCAGGAGGCCUAGGCCCUACACCGUGCUAGACUGUGGACCGAACAGAGAAACUUCACUGGCCUGGUAUUGGCAAUUUAACAUUCCUUGCAUCGAAGUACAUUAAAUUAUUGAUAAGCAGACAUGGAGAGUAAUAUGCGCUCAUGAUUAGAAGGAAAUUCUUGUUGCGUUUUAUCAAUUACCGGUACCGCUACCGGUACUUCUUCGUUUCCUCAACAUCAUUCGUGCAGCCUUCACCCACUGGCCAGAGACAGAGUUAGUCGCUAUCUCUUUUGAACCUUCACGAGAAGUUCCCCGUACGGUAAUGAUUUGAUUCCAUCAGCCAAAUGCUCAUUCAGACCAGUAGUAGCAUGGCGUCACAGGGCUGGACCGAGUUCUGCGAAACUGAAGCGCACAAAGCUGCUGUGAUCUUUGCACGCAACUACCGACAGUACAUGAUGGUGGCAGCAAACUCUUCCACUAGCCACCCCCAAGUAUCAGAACCCAUGCCUCAGGACAAUCCUGCAAGGUUUGCCCAACGUUUCACUGAACACUUCUUUGAGCACUUUGAAGCAGAAGCGAGGCGGGGGUUUCAUUCGGGUAACCUCCCUGAGACCAGUGUUGAAAAUGACAAUGCAGCGAAUGCACAAUUGAACGGCAUCAGGCCAGAGAGCCAUGGGUCGGUAAACUCGUCAUUAGGACGAUCAACUAGCUUGGUGAACAGUAGCUCUGAGGAAAUUCAGCAUAAUAAUAUGCAGGCUGAUGGCCUGACAGGAAUGGACAGACCCUUCUCUAUGGGAAGCAAAGACAUUGGCCGCAAGCUAUCCUUCCGUAAUGUACGAAACAACUUCCGGAGGCGGUUCUGGCCGCAGCCGGAUAAGGAUCGGGAGCGAGAGCGCUACAACUUGAGGGAUAUUGUCAGGGAAGGCAUCAUCAAUUUUCUAAGUGGGGAGGACAAUCAAGGAAGACAACGAUGGGAGCGGACUAGACUUGUCCUGAUGAAAAGAAAUGAAGGAUAUGUCUUAGAUUUCUACACUCCUCCAAAGGUAAGAUUUAGUCUUGGUAUUUGUGUGUGUGUUUUCAGAUGUUUUCACAUUAGGGACAGACAAGACUUUAAAAAUGUCUACUGACCUAGAAAUAACUAUUGUGCUAAUUCUUGAAAGUUCUUUAUAGCGAAUUGUAUACUUUCCAAAUGUAUGUACUGCAUGAGCAUCCUCCAAAGUGAUUUAUGUCAGAAUUCAGAUACAGUACCAGUCAACAUUCUUUGACUACCUGUUUACCUGUUUCACCAGAGAACAAUAGAAUCAGUGGACGCAAGUGCUGCGGUGGGAUUUGAACCCCGGACCUUGUGGUUCAAACUCUGAAGACUUAUCCACUGAGCCACAACACCUCCACAACACAUGUUCAUAUAGGCAGUGCCUCUAGUGGUGUUCAUUUAUUUGGUGCUCUGUGAACUUGAAUUGAUAAAAUGAGGAAGUAAGCUACAGCCUACUGUAAACAAAGCUCACUCUGCACUUGUGUGUUCACAGCCUUAUUGUAAUACAUGUAUGAAAAAAGCAUUUCAUUAUUAAUGUUUUCUGAGUUAAUUAAAUAUGUUAGUUAAUUAACAUGCAUAUUAGGCCUAUGCUGGGAUAGCUGCAUUGCGUAAGUAGUACGUAGUGUUGUACUUUUAAAUUUAUUGUGGGUCAAAUCUGGUAAGGUUUGCGAUCGCGAUCGGUAGGCUGGUUUCACAGAGCUUAAUUUGUGCAAUUCCUAGACUGGAUUUUAUAGACUGUAUUAUCAAUUAGGAUGCUUUUUGAACCAAUUUUUUUAUACUUUAAAACUAAGAUUUCUCACCGAAUUCACUGUUUUUUUCAAAACUGUGUUUUCCGCUUUCUACCCCGGUUUCCGCGAUUUCUGCGGAAAAUCCGCAAAGCGGAAAACUUAGGGCACUAAGUAUAUGCUUCAUUUGUGAAACUUAUGCUAUUUUAUAGGCUAUCUUUCAAUUCUGUUAUGAACCCAUCACUAACACACCAAGUUCAUUCACAAAACUAGUGUACUGUUACAAGAUCAAAAUCAGGACGAAUCUCCUGUCAUGACAUUUGUGUUCACACAUACACUGGAGGUACAUGUACAUAUAAAGCCAAUAUGUGUCGCCCAUGAAUACUGUAUGUUUAUUGUGGGAAAUACUUCUGCUUGUACCCCACUUGCCUUAGGCAAGUACACACAAAAGAAAUUGUUUGUGAAAAUGAGAAAUAACAAGGUUAUUUUUCCAUAAGAAAAGGUCAUGCUUUUAGCAAUUCUCUGACUGUACCAAGUUGCAAACAUCUUUUGUUUAAAAUGUCGUGUCAUGCCAAAUCAUGUGCUCAAGGCCAAUUAUCAUGACAUGAAUCAUUGAACCAAGGGACUCCCACUGUUGUUAACAACCCACGCGGUUAUCUUCUAGCACAAUAAUCUGAAAAAUUACAGUACAAACACUAUGUAUUACUAGUACAUUGUACAUGUAGACCCGUAAAUCUGCCUCUGAAAUCAGCAAACAGAAAGAAAAAAUAUUAAUUUGAAAAUACAGGUAUUUCAAGGAAGGAAAUACUGUGCAAGGCCUAUGACCUGUUAAUGCUCAUAUUCAGCAUUCUCUGCUGAGUUUGAAUGUCCAUUUUAAUUUAAGAUAAGUUCAGAUUUCCAAGGGAUACUUUCAGGAAGUAAUGUGGCCUAUAAAACUAAUCAGAUAAUAAUUUUGAAAGAGUAUUGGAUCUUUGAAGAUACAUGUACAAUGUAGGCCUAGAUACAGUAUUAAUGUAUCUACAAUCUACACAUUAGUACCUGUACUUUACUUCAUUACAGUUAAAUAAUGAUACAAGGGAACAUAGUGAGCAUAUCAAGUCAAAAUAUAAGGAUAAUAUGAUUUUUGAAAUAAUUUGAGAAAGGCAAAAAGAUUGAAUUAAUUUUUUUAGAUCAUCUUUUAAAACAUUAAAUCAAUUGUUUGCACAAUAUAAAUGCUUUGAUUUAUUACAAGUACUGUACUUCUAUUUUUUUUUCAAAUCUAACAAGAAAAACCUACUCGAUAUAUGUUUCUGUUCUAGAAAUUCUUACUCUUUCUGCAUAGAUCUAGGUAUCCAUCUUUUCAUUUUACACCUGUUGAUUAUAUUGUUAUUUUGAUUUUAUGAAACAAAGUACCUCAGAGGAGGAAAAAAAAAAAAACACAAGGAAAACCAAAAUAGCCUUCAUUGCUGGGAGUCAUCAUGGAUUAAUAUCAUUUUCAAAGAAUUGCUCAUUCUUUUCAAUGCUUGGAAAACAAAUUUCCCAAGGAUUUUCAAAAUAUUAUUUCCAAACCUAUGCUCAAAAUUUCAGGUAACAGAAUGAAAAUUUGCCAAAACCUUAAAAUGUUUCGCAUGACUUUUUAGGUAUUAAAAUGAUACAUGUAGGCCUACAUGUACAUCUAGUCUACAGUAUGUGCAACAUUACUGGCAUACUGAAUGGGAUUUAAAGGUUAGUGUUGAAGUCUAGGCUAUUUUGAAUGGAUUAAUAAGGUGUCACUCAAGACCUGCAGAUUAAUUUAAUGAUGUAGGCAUGCUGAAUGAGAUUAUGAGUCAACAGAUUAAAUGUACACAAAGGCCUGUAGAAUAGGAUUAACAAGUUACCACCAUAGGAGGUAUACUGAAUAGGAUUAAUAGGGUAACAAAUAGGGCAAUUGGAUUAUACUAUACUGUAUGUAGGGUAAGUGGGUAACACAUGCCUGGUCUGAAUGGGAUUACUGAGAUUCAUAUAGAAUUUGAUUUUGUAAUUAGUAUGAGUUAUCCAGCAAAUCGUAUCCAGCAGUAUAGAUAGAUACUUGAAUGGUACAUUUUAUUUCAUUUUUAUAUGUAUUCAGUGAUUAGGAUUACCGAGAAUCUAGAAUUUGAUUUUUGUAAUUAGUAGUAUAUUAAACAUCCUCCAGCAAAUUGUAUUCAGCAUUAUAUGUAGUGCUGCAAGUCGGGCGGCAUGUUCGGUUCGGCAGGGUUCGGCAAAUUUUUUCCGAACUUUGGUUCGGUUCGGGGUUCGGCAAUAAAUGCUCAAUUACAUUAUUAUCAUAUAAAACUAGGGAUUGCUAACCCUCGGACAAAUUAUCUUUUUAAAAUUCUGUCGUAUAUUUAUAAUAAAUUUUGUUUCUAAAAAGAAUGGUUAUAAAAAUUGCUGCAUAACUUUCUUUUAUUUAUUUCAAUCUUGAAACCAAAAGUUAGAGUCAUUUCUACUUUCAUUUUUAAAUUG